AUGAUUAUUUUUCAAGCAGUUCAUUCCUUAUCAGUUGCUCUCGCGUUAGAACUGCAGUCACUGGUACUGCUGCAGCUGCUGCUACUCCAUCGUCAAUCCAGUAUAAUCAGCGCCCAUCUUACCGACAAACCCGUUGUCACUGCCGCCGCCGCUGCUGUUGCUCCGACUGUUCCCGGCACUCCCGAAGCUGCUGAACAAAUUUGUUUGCUUAAGGAAAAUGGCGUAAAAAAUUCCACCGACUUGAAAUACAUUGUGUCGGAUAUCGGGCUCGAAUGCGCUCAGGGAUGGGAGAAAUACGGGUCAAAAUGCUACCGAGUCUAUACAGUUGAACGGUCCUGGCCCCAGGCAUUAUUGCUAUGCUCCAGGUAA